AUGGAUGUUCUCAAGAUACGCAUGCAAGUGUCGCACGAUACUUUACGCGACACAGCACUUCGCACGUUUAGCACGAGCGGAGUUUGCGGUUUUUACAUGGGGCUGAGCGCAGCUCUUCUUCGUCAAUUGACCUACACCACCAGUAGACUUGGAAUCUAUACCACAUUGCUGGAUAUCGGAGAACAACAUUUUGGCUAUUUAAAUUACGUUACGAUGAUUAGUCUCGGGAUGGUAGCUGGUGUGAUGGGCUCUUUCGUCGGCACUCCCACGGAUCUGGUAUUGAUUCGCAUGGUGGCUGACGUGAAUCUGCCACCAGAAAAGCGAAGAAAUUAUAAGAAUGCCGUGUGUGGCAUCUUUAAUAUAUGGAAAACCGAAGGCUUUUCCGGGUUAUGGAGAGGAGCGAUGCCCACGAUGGGCAGAGCAGCGAUUGUAAACGGAGCCCAGUUAGGUACAUACACAAAAGCGAAGAUGUUGUUACGAGACACAGGGUAUAUCCAAAACGGUAUACCUCUGCAAUUUGCCGCUGCCAUGAUGUCCAGUGUAAUUACGUGUUUCGCUUCGAUUCCGAUGGACGUAGCUAAAACUAGGAUUCAAAAUUGGGGACAGUCUACAAAACCGCCUGGUAUCACGGCUAUGAUCAUUAAUAUUGUUAAAACGGAAGGCAUAAUGUCACUAUGGCGCGGUUUCCUUCCGUAUUAUUCCAGAGCUGCGCCCAAUACUAAAGUAUAG